AGAAAGAAGCCAGAAGGACGCUAAUAAGUCAGUCUUAUUAUUUGUUCUUCAGUUUGAAAUAUUUACGUCGUAUGAAAUACAUCUUUGAUUCUUUAUUUUAACGAUAAAAUCGUCUCGAUGCGCUAGAAGCACUUUGCUGCUUCUCGUGCUCGUUUAUUGUUAGUUAGCUUAGCUCGCUAGUUAGCUUAGCUUGUUAGCUGCAAACAGAAGUUAUCAACACAUCGCUCAGUCGAGAUCAAGUGUGAGAGUAAAGUGUUGUGAUUGUGUGAAAAUGUCUACAUUAUACAUGUUGAGAGCGUUGGUGGAUCAGCGACUAACUGCUGCCGUUGAAGAAAUAUUUGUAGUGUUAGAAAGAACGAUAGCAGAAUACGAGGCGGAACUUUCUAGAACAAAGGAGGAGCACAAUCGACUACUGGACGCUGUUUUCAAGAAACAUCAAGUUGUGCUACACAGAACAGACGUCCAGCAGCCCCCUCACAUUAAAUAUAAUGAGGAGGAUCCACAGCCCCCCCACAUGAAAGAGGAAGAGAAGGAAGUGUGGAUCAGUCAGGAGGGAGAGUGUGUUGUAGGGCAGGAGGAGGAUGAUGUCAGCAAGUUUCCACUGACUGUUGUCUCUGUGAAGACUGAAGAGCAUGAAGACAAAGCACCUGAGUCCUCACAUCUUCAUCACAGUCCAAAUGUUCAACAGCCCCUUCACAUUAAAGAGGAAGAGGAUGAUCCACAGCCCACCCACAUGAAAGACGAAGAGGAGGAUCCACACAUGAAAGAGGAAGAGGAUGAAUUACAUCCCCUUCACAUGAAAGAGGAAGAGGAGGAUCCACACAUGAAAGAGGAAGAGGAGGGAGAGUGUGUUGUAGGGCAGGAGGAGGAUGAUGUCAGCAAGUUUCCACUGACUGUUGUCUCUGUGAAGACUGAAGAGCAUGAAGACAAAGCACCUGAGUCCUCACAGCUUCAUCACAGUCCAAACGUCCAGCGGGUGUCAGCGGGGAGUCAUGAAGAGGAGUGGCACACCAGUGUGGGACAGAAGGAGCUACAGGCCCCCUCCCACAUUAAAGAGGAGCAGCUUCAUGAUGAAGAUGAAGCUCAGUCCUUACAGCUUCAUCACAGUCAAAGUGAGGAGAACAGAGGGGCGGAGCUUGUAAGUCAACACAUCACAGAAGCUGAUGGAGAGCAUUGUGAAGAUAUCAAGUCAGAACCAGACAGCAUCUUUGCUCCACUGUCAGACAUGGACCACAUGAUGUCACACUCUUCUGAUCACAGUGACCACAUCCAAAAACCUUUGGAGAGUAAAAAUGACUCUAAAGGUGAUACGAGACAUCACACUAACAACAAACACUUUGACUGCUCUGAAUGUGGGAAAUCAUUUAGAUGGAAGAGUGAUUUUACAAGACAUAUGAGAACACACACUGGAGAGAAACCUUUUGCUUGCUCAACUUGUGCUAAAAGAUUCAACAAAAAGAAUGACAUGAUAUUACACAUGAGAACACACACAGGUGAGAACCCUUUUACUUGCUCUGUUUGUAAGAAGAGUUUCUCCAGAAAGGAACACAUGACCACACACAUGAGAACACACACAGGUGAGAAACCUUUUACUUGCUCUGUUUGUAAGAAGAGUUUCUCCAGAAAGGAACACAUGACCAGACACAUAAGAACACACACUGGAGAGAAACCUUUUGCUUGCUCAGCUUGUGCUAAAAGAUUCAACAAAAAGAAUGACAUGAUAUUACACAUGAGAACACACACAGGUGAGAACCCUUUUACUUGCUCUGUUUGUAAGAAGAGUUUCUCCAGAAGGGAACACAUGACCACACACAUGAGAACACACACUGGAGAGAAACCUUUUACUUGCUCUGUUUGUAAGAAGAGUUUCACCAGAAAGGGUGACAUGAUAUUGCACAUGAGAACACACACUGGAGAGAAACAUUUUACUUGCUCUGUUUGUAAGAAGAGUUUCUCCAGAAAGGGUGACAUGACCAUACACAUGAGAACACACACUGGAGAGAAACCUUUUGCUUGCUCAGCUUGUGCUAAAAGAUUCAACAAAAAGAAUGACAUGAUAUUACACAUGAGAACACACACAGGUGAGAAACCUUUUACUUGCUCCGUUUGUAAGAAGAGUUUCUACAGCAAGCAAAUCAUGACCACACACAUGAGAACACAUACUGUAGAGAAACCUUUUGCUUGCUCAGCUUGUGCUAAAAGAUUCAACAAAAAGAUUGACAUGAUAUUACACAUGAGAACACACACUGGAGAGAAACCUUUUACUUGUUCUGUUUGUAAGAAGAGUUUCUCCAGAAAGCAAAUCAUGACCAGACACAUGAGAACACACACUGGAGAGAAACAUUUUGCUUGCUCAGCUUGUGCUAAAAGAUUCAACACUAAGAAUGAAAUGAUAUUGCACAUGAGAACACACACAGGUGAGAAACCCUUUACUUGCUCUGUUUGUAAGAAUCAUUUCUCUAGAAAGCAACACAUGACCAGACACAUGAGAACACACACUGGAGAGAAACCUUUUGCUUGCUCAGCUUGUUCUAAAAGAUUCUACACUAAGAAUGAAAUGAUAUUACACAUGAGAACACACACAGGUGAGAAACCCUUUACUUGCUCUGUUUGUAAGAAGAGUUUCUCCAGAAAGCACAUGAUGACCAUACACAUGAGAACACACACUGGAGAGAAACCUUUUGCUUGCUCAGCUUGUGCUAAAAUAUUCAACACUAAGAAUGGCAUGAUAUUACACAUGAGAACACACACUGUAGAGAAACCUUUUGCUUGCUCAGUGUUAGGAUAAUUAUGAAUAUAUUAUCACACUAACUUUAGUAUACUUAAAGUCUGUUGCUUUAGUUAUUAGUUAUUGUGCUUAAGUUAGACUUUUCUAUUCGUGCAAGGACAAAAACUUCUUGUCUGAGGGGUGGCCUCUUUGUUUUAGCCCGCUAACAGCCAAGGACUUCAAGGACCUCAACAAAGAUAAGACGACAACACGCAGACGAAGCGGAGACUUUAAGGACCUCAAUGAAGAUAAGACGACAACACGCAGACGAAGCAGAGACUUUAAGGACCUCAAUGAAGAUAAGAUGACAACACGCAGACGAAGCGGAGACAAGGCGAAAUCACAAGGCCCCCACCACAUUCUGUCACGUAUUGUGCAUCCUGGACCUGCUUUGCAUAAUAUAUGUGACCACUCCUUUUAGACGCGGCCUCAGUGAUGUUGACUGUGGAACUCUUGAAUAAAUAGAGGGGCUCGGGAGCUGAACCUUAGAGCGUAGG